CCCUUCCCUUCCCUUCCUCCCCCCACAAUAUCCUCCUCCCCCCACUACUGGCCGCAUUACAUUGCGAUUGGGAUAACUCUGCGUAACAGCACUAGCCAACGUUUCCCCGCUCCAAUUCGUGACAAGCUAGGAGGGGUUUCGAUGGGAUGGAGCGGGGGCACUGCCUGAGUGUUUCUCAGACGGCGGUAGCAGAGAGAAUGUGUGUGUCGACAGAAUUUCGCCGGAUUACGAGGUGUAAGGAUACGGUACAGCAAAACGGGGCGGUACGGUAUCGGUUUUUAUGUUUUUUUUUCUUUUGGGUUCCAUUCUUGGUUUAACAUCGUUUCUUUCCUUUUUUCCCAUUUCCAACUCGCACCUGCAGUCCAUCCUUGACUCCCCAUCCCCGUACCGUACACUGUACGACCACGGGUGUCAUAUCGGCGGAUGCUCGCAGGCGUGCAUGGCAUAACCUCUUGCUUAGUUAACUCAGCUCGAGAUGCUCCGUCUGCUCAAGUGUGGAAACGUAUCUGCUGUCUUUCACGGUGUUUCUUUUUUCUUCGAUUCUUCUUUUCACUUUUCCCAUGUUUUCUUUUUUCUCCUUGGGGGGCGGAAGAGAGACAUGGUUGGUGCAUGCGGAGGUCGUGGUACUCGAACAUGCAGAGCGGCGGCAUUAACAAGCAAGCAAGCUAGCGGGGAGGAAUUGAUGGAUCGAUGGAUGGAUGGGGCGGAUUGAUGAGUGGAUGGAUGAAGCUGUCGUAUCUCAGCCCCCAGGUACUACCGUAUGGUACAACACUCCACAAUUUUGGGUAAGGAAUAUCCUGCCCUCGAGGAAGGAAGUAAAAGAAAAGAAAAGAAGGGAAAAACAGGGAAGGUGACUUAGCAGUAUGAGGGAAGAUUAGAGACGACAAUUAUUGCCAUUUGGCCAUCUCCAGCGCCUCUCCAGCGGAGUGUAUAAAGACCCCCUCGAAUGCUUUCGGGGGUUUCCCUUUUCUCCCUUCCCUUCCUCGCCCGCCUACCCACGAAAUCCAUCUUAUUACGCAUCUCGCUCCUUAACUGAGACCACGAGUCCUCGACUCUCAUGGAAUUCUCGUUUCUAUUUUGACCCCCUUUUCCUUAACUUUUCAUCUCUUCUCCUCCUCAAUUCUCCCAACCCUUUCAAGCCUCCGCAAGUCAUAGGGGUCUAUCUUAGUGCGGGCGCAACCUACGAUAGAUGUCCUCUUGCGGAUUGGGAAGUUGGGCUCGAGUGUGUGCUGUGGGCUACCCGUUUCGGGGGAAUUGUCUUUCAAAUUUUUUUUUUUUUGGCGAUAAACGCAAAUUCUUUUGCGGGUUGAAAGCCAAUUCGAUUCAGCCCCAGCACGCAAGAUCCCCACCCGGGGGAACCACCCAUCACAAACCCUGCGAAACGUCACCUCGACUACGGACGGGAAGGCUACCUUACCCGCCAGCUUUUCCGUUGAGUUUCGAUUCGCAUACCAACGUCUUGGGAUAAAACCCUGGUUUUGAGGAGGAGAAAGAAGAAGGGGGGGAAAAAGAAAGUCUUGUGAUUUGUCGUCUAGUUUUUUGCUUUUACGUAGCAUUAAAUGGUUAAAAUGAGCGUUUUGCCAG